CACCCAUAAAAAAAAACAUCUCUCCUCUCUUUCUUUAAUUACCAGAAAUCAGGGAGAAUUUUCUGGUUCUUGUCUUUCUCUUCUUCUAAACAGCAAAUCCUAAGUUUUGUUAGUUUCUAAAACCUCAAGAUAUAUAAGAAAUAGAUAAGCCUCAUCAAUCUAUAUUUAGCCUUUUGCUUUCAUUAUUAUUUAUUCUUUCAAUGUCAAACUCAAACCUCUCUUCUGGGAAUAGUAGUGAAGAAGCAGAUGAAACUCCUAAUGUGUUGUCAAGUACAAGUGAUGGAUCUAGUGCUCAUCAAGAACAAACUCUUCCUAAUAAUAAGAAAAGAAGAAAAUUACCUGGAAAUCCUGAUCCUAGUGCUGAAGUUAUUGCGUUAUCCCCAAAAACUCUAAUGGCAACAAACAGGUUCAUCUGUGAAGUAUGCAAUAAAGGCUUCCAAAGGGAACAAAAUCUUCAACUACACAGGAGAGGACACAAUUUACCAUGGAAACUAAAGCAAAAAACAAGCAAUGAGAUUAAAAAACGCGUUUAUAUUUGCCCAGAAAGUUCGUGUAUUCACCAUAAUCCUGCUCGUGCUCUUGGAGAUCUUACGGGGAUUAAGAAACAUUUUUCUCGUAAACAUGGUGAAAAAAAAUGGAAAUGUGAAAAGUGCUCUAAAAAAUAUGCAGUGCAAUCUGACUGGAAAGCCCAUUCGAAAACUUGUGGCACAAAGGAGUAUAAAUGUGACUGUGGUACCAUCUUCUCCAGGAGGGAUAGCUUUGUGACUCAUAGAGCCUUUUGUGAUGCUCUAGCUGAAGAAAACAACAAAGUAAACCAAGUUUUAGCCACUGGCACUGCAGGCAGCACCCAAUUAGCCCCUGAACUUAUUUCAACUACUCACAUGUUGAACUUGCCACAAAUCAGAAAUUCAAACAUGAAAAUUCCUUCAAUACCCUUAAACAUGGCAGGAAGCAUGUUUUCCUCUUCUUCUGGAUUUAAUCAGCUAGGCACAAAUUCGUCGAAUAUGUCAUCAGCAACAGCAUUGUUACAACAAGCAGCUCAAAUGGGUGCAACAGUGAGCAAUAACAUGAACUCUACUCUGUUUAAUGGAGUUCAAAUUCCAAUUCAAAGUGAUCAUGAUCAUGAUCAAAAUCAAACACAAUUUGGCAGCAUAUUGCAGGGAUUUGGUGGAUCUAUGUUACAAAAUAGCGGCGAUGAUCAUCAUAAGUCUUCAAGAGUAUUGCAGAAUGAGCACGGCUGGUAUAAUAGUCAUAAUAAUAGUAAUACUGGUUUGUUUAAUGAAAAACAGGGGAUAUUGAAUAAGGAAGCUGGCCAUAGUAAUGAGGAGAGCUUGACUCUUGAUUUUCUUGGGAUAGGAGGAAUGAGACAAAGGAAUUUACAUGAAAUGCAUCAGCAGCAACAAGAAAUGAGUUUCGAACAGCAAGAAGUUAGUCACCAAAGUAUUCAAGGAGUGAACUCCAUAUGGGAUGAUUGAAAGAAUUACUGAAUUCUGAAAACAGAAAGCAGAGGCGGAAUUACAAUUUGAAGUUUAUAGACUUGGGAUUCAAUUUUUUUUUUCAUUAUUGAACUCUAAAUUAAUAAUUUGUACAUAUUCAGUGAAUUUCUUAAUGAAAAUAUAAAAUUUGGACUAAAGUUACUAGUUCGGAUAUA